AUGACGGAUUUACCACUGACGAAUUCCGGCAUGAAUCAAGGCGUUGCAGGCGUUGCAUACAAUCGCAACCCCCUCUCCAAAUGCACGCGAGGCCUAGAACCAAUUUAUCCCGGCUAUCGCUGCUACUCGCACGAUUCACAAAGCUAUAACAACGAUGCAUCGAUAGACACUAUCCAAGUCCAGGGUACCUCUCGCACUCAUCUCCAGCCUACUAGCUCGACCCACAAGAUUUUGUACAUCUGUAACAAGUUGACGUCUCCUCUCCUUAUUCUCCCCACAGCAUCCCUCUCGUCUCCCUAUUCCGACCUGGUGCAGGUUCAAAAGCCUCAAAACACGCGUAUCAUGUCGUGCAUCUCUGCGUCUGCGUCUCCUCGCCCCCGUCCCGGUCCCGGCGUACGGAUGUCAAGCAUAUACUACUUCACGACCCAUUUGGACGCUGUCUUACCUAUGUCAUCAGCAAGCCUCUUUUCGUCCAUCUGCAGCAAAGACAAGGCCAGGAGUCCGAGAACGAAGACCCCCAACCCAUCGAAAAGGCUGUCAAUCGCAGCUCUUGACCUUACAGUUCGAGCUUCUCGAACUCCUGCUUGGAGUAGUGGCUGGCAGCAGCCAGUCUUGGUUUUUCUCGGUAACCAGUCAUCGAUAGAUGGGCAGUCCGACCUCUUGCCUCCGAAUGUCCGGACAUCUUCGAUCCGGAAACUUUGGCCCUGCGGGGUUUUUACGUGCCCUCAGAACAUCACCUGCCUCGUUGCCCCCGUUGAGUGUGGGAUCUCAUUCUUUCAAGGCAACCACCACGACAACCACCGAAAACUAGUCGCACGUACUCUGUCUCACGAGGCUAGUCGUCCCAGCCAGCCCGAUGACAACACCACCACUGCCCCAAAGAGUCACAACAAUCGACCGGGAACCAGCCGCGUGCUCGUCUGGGCUUUUAACCACCCCUCCAAAAUCUCCACACCCACCAGCCUCACCAAGGACGUCAUCCUCUCACCAACAUUGAAUAUUCGAUUUCCGGAAGGAACUGAAAGAUAUCGCAUGUCAGAUAUCGCGGGUUUCCCGGAAACCGUUUAUUGGGGGCCAACACCAUGGCGGGAUACGAGACUGCGCGUCAAAUUACCAUGCUGUGUAACGAAUGCCACCAACCUUCCCUUCCCUCCCCUCCCCCCUGGCACACAUGCUGUGCUUGCUGCUCGUUUCUUCUUCCUGGCGAGUCCCCCCGGAUCCAACUAG